GCAGGUGUGAAGACGGGGCAGAUCUAUGCUUUUUAUGCUGAUGCUCGGAGAAUAGGUGUCGAUAAAUAUGCUGCACAACCCCCGCGAUCCCUGACUACGGCACUGGGUCGUGAAGUAGAGAAGUAUGAUCAGUUGUGCGAUGCUAUAGAGUCUUACACGGCUCGAGCAAUCUCUGUUCUGCAACGAGACUUAGAGCGCGAAAGGGCUCGCCUGAAAGCUGAAGAGGCUCAGGCGCUACAAACUCAGUUACAGGAGGGAAACAUAUUGUCGGUGUCUGCAACGGCAACAGUGCCGACGAAUGACUCAACGGUCACAGAACUCCCCACUGUCACCAUGCCAGGCACACAAGGGAGCCCAUCAGCCCCUGUCUCUGGUAGCUCUUUGACCGGUCGCCGCCCUUCCGCCAUAUCUCUUUCGUCUUUGAACCGUCCUCAAUUUCCCCAUAAACUUGACCUCUCAGCCGCUGCAUUGCGAAUCAAUCCAGAAGAGCUAUCACAGGGCUUAGCCUCUCCUGUUACGCUUGCACCUAAGUCCGGACGGCUCACCGCGACAGAUGAACUUCCACCCGACUUCAUGGCCGCGCUCGCUUCAACAGAAGCAGCAACUGCAGCAAAUAGAUCCGUUGAUCUCGCUAUUCUUCCGGAUAAGCCUGCUGGCGCCUUGAAUAUCAAUACAGAACCUAUCCCUGGAAGUUCGGCUGAUAGGCCUAUCGAACUGGACCUGGAAGGCAUGGACAUCGACAUG